CCACACUGGCCCUGCACCCCAGCACAGUCCCAGUCCUUUCCCUCUCUCAGCCCCACGAUUUACCCGAGCCACGGGGCUUCCGGCUGAUGAGGGCUGGCGCUGCCGCCAUUUUGCCCGUCGCUGGGUCCUUGGAUGGCAGAUAGACAGGUUUCUAGUUCGUGGGGGCUUCUGGGUAAAGAGGCAGCCAUUGGUUACACUACCAGCGUUGUCCCCGCAGAGUAUGUCCCAAAUACUGCCGACCUCCAGCUAUGUAAAUCCGAGGGUGAGUAAUUUGGAACUAAAAUACAGUGUCCAGUUACUCUCGGAUGAAGAGUCUACAUUCCAAUCAGUGAAAAUGUCAAUUAGUGCGAUAUGGCAAAAAGAAAUCCGCCCGUCAGCUUUAGUUCUCUCUGGGUAAAUAACGAUAUGAAACACCUCUGUCCUCGAUGGGAAGUGACUUGUAGCUUUCACAUCACAAAAGUGCCACACUCCGAUCAGAAUAACUACUGCCCACCCCUUCAUAGUCAUUGGCAUUGCCAUGGAUGGGUUCAUCACUGUCAAUCAGCUGGGAGUGGGGGGGAUCCCAGUAAUUAGAAAAUCUCCAGGAUCAGACAUGUUGUAAAAAGUUCUCUUUGUAGUGUUGUGGAACACGACCAGAACUUGAAAUAAUACCAAAGGACGGAGACAAGUUGAGCCAAGUCACAGGUUGAUUGAAGGCAGAAAUAACCCAUUCUCAGACAGGGAAUACAGUCAGAGAAUUUGUUGGACAGUCAGGAUGCCUGAUCGUGCCUUGUUAGAAGGUGAGGAGUUCAUAUAGAAGCAUAGAAACAGAAGUCGGCAAAACAUUACAGGCCCUUCGGCCCACAACGUCAUGCCGCCCAUAUAAACUUCUCUGGAAUCUGUUUACAGUUUCACUACCCCAUAGCCCCCUAUUUCUCUGAGCUCCACAUACCUACCUAACAGUGGAUUUUCUUUUUAUUUGUAUAUUUAAAGUUAAUAGUUAUAUAUUUGUUGCUGCUUUUGUGUGGUUCCCCGGCUUUGUUAGCAGAUCUUCACUGUUUGUAUUUGUUUAAACUAAUACGCAUGCGUGGGCCCAGCAGCCAAUUCCCGGAUGUCGCGCAUGCGCUCAGUAGACGAGAGGCUCUCCGGGAACGGACGCAGGUUUGAAAUGGCAGAACACUUGUGCAUGGGAAUCUCAACAUGUCAGUUUUGUCUCUCUGACCGGAUAUAUAAAGAGUGAUCGAAUAUUUUCUUUGCAAGACCAACACAUCUGCUGUCGAUCCUUGGAGAUGAAGAAGUAUCUCAUCCCAGCUGGUAAACGUAUUCUGUCUCUGAAAUGAAGUUUUCUGAUUUUACUCUGUGAGAUUCACUGGAACCAGCUUGCUGAGAACACACCAGUAUUUGUUCACUGGAGAUCAGUUCUUCAACUGCAUUGAUUGUACAAGAGAUUGAAACGUCUGACUUUCUGAAUUUCCAGAGAAUUGAUUGCAGUGAGAUAUCAUUCUCCUUCUCUCAGUGUGGGAAGGGAUUCACUCACAGCCUACCCACAGUCACGCCAGUCAGUUCACGGUGUGGACUGACCAUUCACCUGCUCUGUAUGUGGGAAGGGAUCUACUUAGUCAUCUAGCCUGACAAUAUAUCAGCAAGUUCACACCAUAGUGAGAUGCUCCACCUGUGCUGACUAUGGGAAGCAAUUCAUUCUGUCGUCGAUACUAAAGAUAUAUCCGAAAAUUCACCAGUCAGAGGACAGUAACCUGCUCGGACGGUGGGAAUUCAUUCACACACUCAACCACGCCACAGUGACACCAGCGAGUUCACACCGGGGAGAAGCCAUUCACCUGCGCUCUGUGGGAAAGGAUUCACUCCAUCAUCUCAGCUGAACGAACACCAGCGAGCCCACACUAUAAAGAUGCCGUUCACCUGCUCAGACUGUGGGAAGGGAUUCACUCACUCAUCCGCACUACAGAGACAUCAGCGAGUCCACACUGGGGAGAAGCCAUUCACAUGCUCUGAAUGUGGGAAGGGAUUCACUCAGUCAUCUCAUCUGACGGUGCAUCAGCGAGUUCACACUGGGGAGAAACCGUUCACAUGCUCUGAAUGUGGGAAGGGAUUCUCUGAUUCAUACUCCCUUGUGAAGCACUGCCGAAUUCACACUGGCGAGAAGCCAUUCAUGUGCUCUGAAUGUGGGAAGAGAUUCACUUGGUCAUCCGACCUUGCGAGGCACUAUCGAGUUCACACUGGGGAGAAGCCAUUCACAUGCUCUGAAUGUGGGAAGGGAUUCACUCUGUCAUCUCAACUGAAGGUACAUCAGCGAGUUCACACUGGGGAGAGGCCAUUCACAUGCUCUGAAUGUGGGAAGGGAUUCACUCGGUCAUCUCAAGUGAAGGUACAUCAGCGAAUUCACACUGGGGAGAGGCCAUUCACAUGCUCUGAAUGUGGGAAGGGAUUCACUCUGUCAUCUCAGCUGAAGGUACAUCAGCGAAUUCACACUGGGGAGAGGCCAUUCACAUGCUCUGAAUGUGGGAAGGGAUUCACUCGGUCAUCUCAACUGAAGGUACAUCAGCGAACUCACACUGGGGAGAGGCCGUUCACAUGCUCUGAAUGUGGGAAGGGAUUCACUGAUUCAUUUUCCCUUGUGAACCACUGUCGAAUUCACACUGGGGAGGAGCCAUUCACAUGCUCUGAAUGUGGGAAGAGAUUCAAUUGUUCAUCCAAUCUUGUGAGGCACUCCCGAAUUCACACUGGGGAGAGGCCAUUCACUUGCUCUGAAUGUGGGAAGGGAUUCACUGAUUCAUAUCAACUGAUUGAACAUCAGCAAGUUCACACUGAGGAUGGGCCAUUCACGUGCUCUGAAUGUGGGAAGAGAUUCACUUGGUCAUCCAACCUUGCGAGGCACUACCGACUUCACACUGGGGAGAGGCCAUUCACUUGCUCAGAAUGUGGGAAGGGAUUUGCUCGGUCAUAUCAACUGAUUGAACAUCAGCGAGUUCACACUGGGGAGAAACCGUUCAGCUGCUCUGAAUGUGGGAAGGGAUUCACUGACUCAUACUCCCUUGUGAAACACUGCCGAAUUCACACUGGGGAGAAACCGUUCAGCUGCUCUGAAUGUGGGAAGGGAUUCACUCGGUCAUGUCAUCUGAAGAUACAUCAUCGAAUUCACACUGGGGAGAAGCCAUUCACAUGCUCUGAAUGUGGGAAGGGAUUCACUCGGUCAUCAGACAUUAAAUUACAUCAACGAAUUCACACUGGGGAGAAACCAUUCAGCUGUUCUGAAUGUGGGAAGCGGUUCGCUCGGUCAUCCGACCUUUCAAGGCACUGCCGAAUUCACACCGGGGUGAAACCGUUCACCUGCUCAGAUUGUGGGAGGGGAUUCGCUGACUCGUGCAAACUUGCGAGGCACUGCCGGGUUCACACUGGGGAGAAGCCAUUCACGUGUUCUGAAUGUGGGAAGGGAUUUACUCGGUCACCCAGCCUUGUGAGGCACUGUCGAAUUCACACGAGGGAGAAACCGUUCACCUGCUCAGAUUGUGGGAAGGAAUUCUCUCAGUCAUCAGACUUUAAAGCACAUCAGCGGAUUCACACUGGGGAAUGCCACUCACCUGUUCUGAAUGUGGGAGAGGAUUCACUCAGACAUCUCAAUUGAAUGAACAUCAGUGAGUUCACACUGGGGAGAAACUGUUCAACUGCUCAGACUGUGGGAAUUAAUGCACAAAUUCAUCUCACCUACUGACACACCAGACUCUUUUCAGCAGUGAGAGGAUGUUGACCUGCUCAGACUGGGGGAAGGCAUUCACACACUCAUCCACACUGCAGAGACAGUGAUGGGUUCACACUGUGGUGAGGGUGGUCACCUGCUCUGAAUGUGGGAUGGGUUUCAAUCAGUCAUUCAUCCUUGUGUCACCCUGCCGGGCUUUGACCCAUCGUUAAUCGGAGAGAUCAGAAGCUUGAGAGGACGUAAUUCCCUCAGGUUCGCCGAUCGUGUAUUAACGGCAGUGGUUCAGGGAAGGUUAUUUUUUUAGCUUUCAGCAGUGGCCAGUCAGCGUUCAGGAUUGAUUAUCAAGUCAAGCAGGAGCAAAUGGAGCGGCCAGUGUUGGAGAGGGCACAAUUGGAGUGGAGACGUUGAGACUUUACCUCUUUGAGGUUUCAGUGAGGAGAGAAUUCAGUCAGAAAAGGCAAAAGCAUGAUGGAACUAGAAUUUUUAUCUAACAUUUGCUCAGUUAGAACAGUCGAGAUGCCAGGCAGGGUAGUGGAAAGCUCCUCUUGCGGGAUGUGGGAAGGCAGGAGACCCUCCUGUGUCCCUGAUAACUACACCUGUGAGAAGGGCGUCCAGCUUCAGCUCCAAACGAUCCACAUUGAGGAGUGGGAGCUGGAACUGGAUGAACUCCAGAUCAUUUGGGAGGUUGAAGAUGUGAUAGGUAGGACAGAUAGAGAGGUAGUUCCAACCAAGGUGCACUGCACAGGGAACUGGGUGACAGCCAGGAAGGGGAAAGGGGGAAACAGAGAGUGCAAUGUGCCCCUGUGACAAUCCCCCUGAACAACACAUAUAUCACCUUAGACACAGUUGGGGACGGUGGGAUGACCAAGCGAAGGAAAGUCAGAGCAGUGGGGACUCUGCCACUUAGUCUGGCUCUGAGACUGAGAAGGGAAGCAUGGAGAAGAGGCGAACUGUGGUGUUAUCUGUUUCAUUAGCUCUGGGAACUCACUGGACGUUCUGUGGUCGGGAAUGUGAUUCCUGGAUGGUGCGUUGCCUCCUGCGUGCUCGGCUCUGAUAUGAUAUGGGCUGGCAGAGUAAUGAGGUUCGGCAAAGGGGGUUCAGGGAGUGAGGUGCUCAGUUAAAGGGCAGCUUGUCCAGGGCUGUGAUCUCAGGACUGCCAUCUGUGCCAUUUGCCAGGAAUCGGAAGUUACCCUUGCCUGGGUGUGGUAGUUCACUGAAGAAGGUACCCCUGUGGUAAAUCCCUGUCAGAGUUACUUCAUAUGUCGUGGAACUGGAUAAGUGGCUAUCACGUUGUGUGAUUGGGGUAACCCUGUGGAAUCUACCUGUGUGCGAUAACCCUUGCCUGGGUUGUAAUUCCCUUGAAGACGGUACCUCAGUGAUAACCUGCUGUUGGUGCUAAUCCAUCCGUGGAUUCUGUUUGGGUAUCCUGUGGCCAGCACUUUGAGAUGACCCGUAGCUGAAUUUGGGCGUGGUGUCACGGUAACCACUUGUGUCGAAAGGGUAUUCGGCGAAGAUCACGGUCGGUGAUACUUCGUGUCUGGAUCUGGGAACUUCAGAGAUAAGACCUAUGGCUCUUGUUAUCCUGUAUUGCCAUUGUGGAAUCGACGUAAUUGCCUUCUCACAGCAUUCAUCUUUGGAUUACAAAUAUCUCUCAUCAAUCAAUCUGAAGAUUGAACUGAACUUUGUUACAUUACCAUUGUAGGACUCUUAACUCUUGCCACCCGACCUUGAACGAGUUUGGGAAUUAUAUUUACAUACAUAUAUAUGCAUAACACUGCUAAUUUUUGACGUACCUGGUUUAAAUCACUAUAUUAUGUAGUUGCUAAUAAAUAAUAGUUUUAACAUCAAAACCAGACUCCAGGUGUGUUCUAUUGCUGCCGGUUCUUUUAAACCAUUGCGUGUACAUUUCAUAAUUGGGGCCUGCGUCCGAGAUAUGAACAAAUUGUCUGGGGGGGCUUAUUCGAUCGAUCUGAUUGGGGAAAUCCCUUUUGAUUUGUUUGAGUAGAACAUCGGCAGCAAUAGAGAGAGAGUUCUCAAAACAAAGGGAAGUGUUGUUUUGACCAAGUGGGACCAUCUGCAGGAGCUACUAUGGAAACAUAUGGGACUAAAGGUCUUGGAAAUAGAAUUAAUGACUUGUUUGAGACAUUUUACAAGAUAAACGUGACUUCAGUAAAUUUAAUGAAUGUGCUUAGUUUAGAAAACAUUAGUGAGGAGUUGGCACCUGUUCUGGGUAAAGUCUUUGAAAGUCCUGUUCGAGCUGGUAAGAAAGAUGGCCACGUGAUGGUUAAUUAUUCUGUGUUGACAUGGAAAGGGGAAAAUGGUUGACCAAACGCCAUUUUGAAUACAAUAAGGUCUGGUUUUGCAGGAGUCUGAUUUUUGUAACAAAGCAUGUGGAAGGCAAAGACAAUAUUAUGGUAGAUUGACUGUCUAGAUGUUAAGAUAAGUGUAAGAGUGAAAUAGAAACUAGUAUUUGUAUACGCUUUUGUAAUGUGCUACAUGAUAAUCACAUAUGUAUUGCUUCAUACUCUAAUCUACAGAUAAAAAUUUUGCUGCUUGAUCAAAAUUUGGCUUUUU